AUGGACAGUGCCGUACUGAAGAAUGAACUAGAGGAGAAGAAGCAAACUGUGUACGUGGAGAGCUGUGGUUCUCAAAGUGUGUCCCCUGGACCUGCAGCAUUAGCUUCACCUGGGAACUUAGUCCAAGGUGGGCAGCGCUGCCCGCCCACCCCCAAAUACAGCACUCAGCCCCUUGAUCACCUGAGAACCUUUCCAUGUAAUCAUGUUGUCGCCAAGUCCCGCUUCCGGUACUUUGUGUCUCAGCUGAAGAAGAAGUCUUCGGGGGAAAUUGUCUACAGUGGACAGGAGUUGGAGAAGUCCUCCUUGCUGGUGAAGAACUUUGGCACCUGGCUGUGCUACGACUCCCCCAGCGGAACCCACGACGGGUACCGGGAGUACCCGGACCUGACCACUGCAGGCACUGUCACCCAGUGCUACAGAGACACGGGCGCCCAGGCCCACUCCAUCCAGAUCAUAGAAGUGGAGGAGACUGCAGUGAGCAACUCCCACGGAUGGGCAGCCAAACCGUUCCACGACUCCAAGAUCAAGUUCCCACUGUCCCACCCGGCCCUGUGUUGUCAGCCCAACUCAGGCUUCACCGCCAAGAGGCCAAUGUCUUCUAGAUGCAGAGCCUCCCUGUCCCCAAGUAUGACCAAAUAA